GGUCUGAGUUUCCACGUGGAGUCCAGCCCCGAGCUCUCUGAGUCUAUGCUUAUGACCACUGUGCGCCUGGCUUCCUAGCUUCCUUGAUGAGCUGAAGACGCGGAGUGGGGAGUAAUGGGGGUCUGAGUCAGGGCCCAGGGCUGGAAUGGAGCUCAUGCGGGAGACUCCAAAAUCGGGCUCUCCACGGUCACUGGGGUUCCUUGUGGGACUCAGCACACCCAGCUCUCUUGGGGGACCUGGCUUCCCGAUCUGUCCAGCUGGGAGGUUGGCCUGUGUGGUUUCCAAGGCACUGGCUGUGCUGGCUCUCAACCUAGGCACCCAGGGGCACCCAGCUUCAGCCAUGAGGCUGCCCAAGGGGGCUGGCAACAAUGUGUUCUAUGCCCAGCACCCAGAAAAGGAGGAGCUGCUGCCCUCGAGGCAGGAGGUGAAGCAGACUCCAGUCAUCAUGGCCCUGAUCAGAGGUCCAGGUCCUGCCAGGUACCUGCGGCCAUCGUGCACUGGCUAUGUGGCCCACGACAGCUCCCUGGUCCGGGGGCCGGCAUUCACCCUGCAUGAGAGGCACUCUGAGAAACGGAUCACAGAUGUAUGCAGCCCAGGGCCGUGCUACUACUUGAAUCCCAAAAUAACCCGCUUUGGGAUGUCCAGUUGCCCUCAGGUGCCCAUGGACAGCCGUGUCACCAGCCUGCGCCUGAGCCCCACACCAGCCCCGGGCCACUAUAACCUGGAGAAGAUCCACCCCCCUGAUGAGCACAGGGCUCCCCAGUACACCUUUGGCUACCGGUGCCCAGUCCGAGUGAUGGAUCCCAACCCAGCCCCCAACUGUUAUCAGCUGCCCCUCUUGCUGGGGCCCAACACACCAGUGCACCGGGCUGCUCCCUGCUUCAGUCUGGCCCCUGCAGUUAAGAACUGGUUCUACCAGGAGAACGUGGCCGGAGGUCCUGGGCCGGCCGCACAUGCCCGGCCGGAGCCAUCUGUGUACCAGAACCGAAGCCCGGCAUACAGCAUGGCACGGCGUCAUGCCUACCCACUGGACCACACCCUGAGGCCUGGGCCAGGCUCCCACGACGUGCAGCAGGUCACUCUGCACAAACCCCGCACGCCCGCCUUCACCAUGGGCACCAGGCACUCGGCUCACCUGUGCCCCCUGGUGGUGGACAUCCGAGACUGAGCCCACGGCUCACCCUCCCGCCCCACAGAUGUUAUUUUUCUAUUCCAGCAGAGCUGGUGCCUGCGUUAGAUAAAUAUUUUGUGUGUUCAUUCCUGCCUUCUGCAGACAUCUCACUGCUUCCUGGGGACACAGCUUGGGGGAGGGCUGCGGUUUUGGGUGGCUGCAUGCUGGUCCGUUAUGGGUUCCUGUCCGGCUCACGGGGGCCACGGCCUGGGUAGCACGUGGAGAGCCGAGGUCCUCCUGACUCAGCCCCAACAGGCUAUAUGUCCUUUGUCGCUCCUGCUGCUCUCUGGGCCUCUGGGCAGCAAGGGUUGGUGGGAAAAGGCCAGGUUUCCCCAAUUCUAGGACUGUGGGACUCUGCUCCCUGCCAGUGGCCUGCGCCCCAGGGAGGAGCAGGCAGCGGGGAGCAGGUAGUCAGGAGAGCAUUGCUCCGUUCAGGGGGCCAAGGACAAGCAGAGACUGCAAAGGAAAAGGCAAAGGCAAAGGCAAAGGGAAUAGCAGUGAAAGCCAGCAGAGGGAUCCAGAGGCUGAGGGACAGUGAACAGGGUAGGGAGUCCAAGGGGCCAAGGCCUGGGGUGCAGAAGGUGGCGCCCAUCUCAGCAUAGAGCAAGGGUGGCUUGGAGGGGGCAUUCCAAGAGCCUCACCAGGUGAAUGAGGAGCCGGUAGAGGUGUUCUGGUCAGGAGAAGCCUGAACACGGUGGUGAUGGGGGGUGCAUUCCCCAUGGGCUGUGUGCAGGCUUGCAGGCAGCUAGGAGGGUCUGAUGGCCACAGGCUACCUUAGCAGGUCAUUUGUUAGUCCCCAACUGUGGAAGCUCAGCUGGCAGAAGAGCUACCACCCAGAAGGGGACAGUACCACCCAUCUUCAAGUCUGGGCUGGGCUGGCCGCUUUGGGUGGACAGCACCAGCGCUCCCAUCACAUGGGGGCCGAGGCUGGAGUUUGUUUUUUGUCCUUGUGUCGUUAUGCCUGACAUCCUAAUUCCUGAUUCAGUGUCACCCUGGAACCAGCCCCCUCCAGCUCCUUCUGUUGCAUAAAGGGGGAUAUGGGCCAGGGAGUGAGGAAGGGUAGGGGGGAGACCCCAGUCCCAGUGGCCCAAGAGAAUGCUGGGUCCUUCUGCAGCCACUAUCCCAGGAGGCUGAAAGAAAGGUCACCUCAGAGCCAGCGUGGGAACAGAGUGGCUCAAUCUGGGACAGGUGAGCCAUAUUCAGGUUCUAAUUAAAAAUGAAGAUUGUGUUGAAUAAAUAAACCCG